GCCCACAGGAGCGGAGCCGGGCUCUCUCUGCUGCCUGCCCGCUGCCGUGCAAGCUCUGGCCGGCACUGCCCACAGUCCACAUGGUGCGCACCCCCCGAGGCGGGGACCCGUGAACAGCGACGGCAUGCCAGGGAAGCCCAAGCACCUGGGCGUCCCCAACGGACGCAUGGUUUUGGCUGUCUCAGAUGGAGAGCUGAGCAGCACUGCAGGGCCCCAGGGCCAGGGCGAGGGCCGCGGCAGCUCCCUCAGCAUCCACAGCCUCCCCAGUGGCCCCAGCAGCCCCUUCCCCACCGAGGAGCAGCCUGUGGCCAGCUGGGGCCUAUCCUUCGAGCGGCUGCUGCAGGACCCGCUGGGCCUGGCUUACUUCACUGAGUUCCUGAAGAAGGAGUUCAGUGCCGAGAACGUGACCUUCUGGAAGGCCUGCGAGCGCUUCCAGCAGAUCCCGGCCAGUGACACCAAGCAGUUAGCUCAGGAGGCCCGUAACAUCUACCAGGAGUUCCUCUCCAGCCAGGCGCUGAGCCCCGUGAACAUCGACCGGCAGGCCUGGCUCGGCGAGGAGGUGCUGGCCGAGCCCCGACCGGACAUGUUCCGGGCACAGCAGCUUCAGAUCUUCAACUUGAUGAAGUUCGAUAGCUAUGCGCGCUUCGUCAAGUCCCCGCUGUACCGCGAGUGCCUUCUGGCGGAGGCCGAGGGGCGUCCCCUGCAGGAACCUGGCUCCUCGCGCCUUGGCAGCCCUGACACCACGAGGAAGAAGCCCAAGCUGAAGCCUGGAAAGUCGCUGCCGCUGGGCGUGGAGGAGGUGGGGCAGCUGCCGCCUGCUGAGGGCCCUGGGGGCCGCCCGCUCCGCAAGUCCUUCCGCAAGGAACUGGCAGGCGGGGUGGCCAACUCGGGCUUGCGCCGAGAGUCCCAAGGCUCCCUCAACUCCUCCGCCAGUCUGGACCUCGGCUUCCUUGCCUUUGUCAGCAGUAAAUCUGAGAGCCACCGGAAGAGCCUUGGGAGCUCAGAAGGUGAGAGCGAAAGCCGGCCAGGGAAGUACUGCUGCGUGUACCUGCCCGAUGGCACAGCCUCCUUGGCCCUGGCCCGACCCGGUCUUACCAUCCGUGCCAUGCUGGCAGGCAUCUGUGAGAAACGAGGCCUCUCUCUACCUGACAUCAAGGUCUACCUGGUGGGCAACGAGCAGAAGGCACUGGUCCUGGAUCAGGACUGCACCGUGCUGGCAGACCAGGAAGUGCGGCUGGAGAACAGGAUCACCUUCGAGCUCGAGUUGGCGGCGCUGGAGCGCGUGGUGCGGAUCUCAGCCAAGCCCACCAAGCGGCUGCAGGAGGCGCUGCAGCCGGUCCUGGCGAAGCACGGCCUCAGCCUGCAACAGGUGGCGCUACACCGGCCAGGUGAGAAGCAGCCGCUGGAUCUGGAGAAGCUAGUGAGCUCGGUGGCGGCCCAGAGAGUAGUUUUGGACACUCUCCCAGGUGUGAAGAUCUCCGAAGCUGGCGACAAAUCCCCCUGCCGCAGCCAGGGCCGUCCACCUAGAACCCAGGACAAGGCCGCCCAUCCCCCCCAACUGCCCCUCAACUCGCUGGCCGAGACGCCCAGUAGUGUCACUGGGAAGAGGCAGACCUGUGACAUUGAAGGCCUGGUGGAGCUGCUGAAUCGGGUGCAGAGCAGUGGGGCCCAUGACCAGAGAGGCCUUCUGCGCAAAGAGGACCUGGUACUUCCAGAAUUUCUGCAGCUGCCUGCCCAAAGGCUCAACCCACAGGAGGCCCCACCACAGACUGAAUCAGCGGCCCAGCCAAAGGAGGGCCCCUCAGACUCCACUGCCCACUCCGCCCUCUGACAGCUGCCCAACAGUCCAGGCUGGCUGUAUGGCACCUGGUGGGCCAAGCAUGCCAUGGGCCCGCUCUGCAUGCCCUAUCUGUGCCAUGAGUGUCCCUGGCCCUUCCUGCCACGGGCAGGCCCUCGGGAAGAGCCAGGAUGGAAUGGAGUGGAGCUCAGAGGAGCCACACCCCACAGCUGCCACCACAUGGUCCCUCAUAGGCUUGCCCACCCAUCCCUUGCAGCCAGGCCACUGGGAGGAGGUGGGCCUAGCUCCUCAGGUGCAGGCAUGUCCAACACAGAGGGGUGGCGUUGGCAGCGCCAGCCUCCCUCUCCCUCCAUGCCAAGCCUCAACAGGAAGCAGGAGGAGGGGCCGGCCCCUCCUCAGGAGCUUGUAUGAGUAAGGCCUGGGGGUAUAGGCAGGCAGCCCUUCCCUACCCACUAGACUCUACUGGACAUAUGGAUUUGGCAGUUGGCUUGGGCAGCUGGGUUUGUCCUGGAUGUAUGAUAUUGUUAUUAUAAUAAUUAUUAUUAUU